AUCGCCUCGAGCGGCGACGCGACGGCGGCGACUAGUCAGUACGUGCGCCGCGACGACGCCGAGAGGAUAUUACGUGCCUAGCUGCUGGACUUUUCGGGAUAAAGCACGAAAGCUCCGGAUGAGUGAGCUUUUGAUUUUUUCGCGGUAGCUUUUUCUUAUACACGCGUUGUUUAUUCAUACAGUUCGAUAAUUUUUUUUUUCGCGAAGUGCCAAGAGCACAUCGUUAAACUUUUAUUUCCACGAGGGGACGCAAGGAGAGAGCGCGCGCGGCAAAAGCUCGCGGAUUGCAAAAGUAGCGCAAUGUUCGCCUAACUCCGCGGAAUAAUAGAAGAGGAAGAAAGUUUGAAAAGCAAGAGGAACGAAACGGCCAAUUUGGGCUUGGACAACAUGUCUGGAAAGUUUGCGGAGAGGAACUUAACGGCUCUAUCGAGGAUCGUCGGAGUCUUCGCCGCAGUCGUGACCUGCGGAGUUGGCGUAGACAUGGCGUUUCACGGCCACGUUCUCGGCUAUUACGUUUUAGUAUUAUCGGCCAUCACCCUAUUCCUGGAAAUCGAGUGGGUCAUCGAUAAGUUCGUCCAAGUUUGCAUCCGGAACGAGGAGAGCUUCGGAGUCCGCUGCUGGUCGGUGACACUUGCUGCGACGAGUGGCUGGCGCAGAGGCUUGUUUUAUCUGCCGGUCGCCUGUCUCCUGGCCUGGAAACCGCACCAACUCUGGCUCGCCUUUUUUGACGCUGGACUAUUGGUAAUUUUAUCGGCGAUACACGCAGCGAUAAGUGCUCUAGAUUAUCGUUCGACCUGUGAAUGUCAACAGGCCUCGCAUUCAAUGGGAGAAAGUCUUUUACACACAAAUCCAGACUGCUACAAUCACUUUGAAGAAGUCCUGGUGACGGAAGUGUUGGACGACUGUGUCUCGAGUCGACCAGGUUUCGGCGGAAGUGACGGGGAAUUAUGACGAGAGCGACAGCCCUCUUGGGCUAGUGAAACUGACGAAGAUAGCGAACCGGAGCCGCAGCAGACUUGUCAAAUAUCAACGGUUUCCUAAAAGAGAGGAUCAAUAAUUACACCAACUUCGACAUUGGGUUUUGUGCCUAUCAUUGGUGUUGCUGAUCAAAUACGUGCCAAGUUUUAGUGUUACUUAUUCGCCAAUCAUAAAUUUUAAUUACAACAAGGGAUUGUAAAUUCUACAACUUCAAUUAUAAAUUUCCAUAUGGUACUUAA